GGACGGCCCCACUCGGCGUCCUCGCCAUGAAGCAGCCGCCUCGGGCCCGCCGCGGCCCUUUAAAAAGCGGCCGCCGCCGCUGCCGCUCCCCUCCCAGCGGAGCGUCGCGUUGAGCUCGGCGCGCAUCCUCCCUGAGCAUCCCCUCCGCGCAUCCCCGCCGCAGCGCUCCCGCUCGAUCCUCGGCGCCGGGGCCGGACCGCGCCUGCCUGCCCGCCCGCGAGCAAUCAUGUUUGAAAUUAAGAAGAUUUGCUGCAUUGGUGCUGGUUAUGUUGGUGGGCCAACCUGUAGUGUUAUUGCACAAAUGUGCCCCACUAUCAAAGUUACUGUUGUGGAUGUCAAUGAGGCCAGAAUCAAUGCCUGGAAUUCAGACACUCUCCCAAUCUACGAGCCAGGGUUACAAGAAGUAGUAGAAUCCUGUCGAGGCAAAAACCUCUUCUUUUCCACCAGUAUUGAUGAUGCCAUUAGAGAAGCUGAUCUUGUAUUUAUUUCUGUUAAUACACCAACAAAGACCUAUGGGAUGGGAAAAGGCCGAGCAGCUGAUCUGAAAUACAUUGAAGCUUGCGCUAGAAGAAUUGUACAGAAUUCAAAUGGCUAUAAAAUUGUCACUGAGAAAAGUACAGUUCCAGUACGUGCUGCGGAGAGCAUUCGUCGAAUAUUUGAUGCCAAUACUAAGCCUAACUUGGAUUUGCAGGUGCUGUCUAACCCAGAGUUCCUUGCUGAAGGAACAGCCAUCAAGGACCUGAAGAACCCGGACAGAGUGCUUAUUGGUGGAGAUGACUCUCCAGAGGGACAGAAAGCUGUCCGUGCUCUGUGUGCUGUUUAUGAGCACUGGGUGCCCAAAGAAAAGAUCCUUACAACCAAUACCUGGUCAUCAGAACUUUCUAAACUGGCAGCUAAUGCUUUUCUUGCCCAAAGAAUCAGCAGCAUUAACUCAAUCAGUGCUCUGUGUGAAGCUACAGGAGCAGAUGUUGAAGAAGUAGCAAGAGCUAUUGGAACAGACCAAAGAAUUGGAAAUAAAUUUCUCAAAGCCAGUGUUGGGUUUGGAGGUAGCUGUUUUCAGAAGGAUGUCUUGAAUUUAGUGUACCUCUGUGAGGCACUGAACUUACCUGAGGUAGCUCGCUACUGGCAACAGGUAAUAGACAUGAAUGAUUAUCAGAGAAGAAGAUUUGCUUCCCGCAUUAUUGACAGCUUGUUCAAUACUGUCACUGACAAGAAGAUUGCUAUUUUAGGGUUUGCUUUCAAAAAGGAUACUGGGGACACAAGAGAGUCAUCCAGUAUCUACAUUAGCAAGUAUUUAAUGGAUGAAGGAGCAAAGCUCCAUAUCUAUGACCCUAAAGUACCUAAGGAACAAAUCAUCUUAGAUCUCUCACAUCUGGGUGUCUCAGAAGAUAACCAAGUGUCUCGGUUGGUCACUAUCAGUAAAGAUCCCUAUGAAGCCUGUGAUGGAGCCCAUGCCCUUGUGAUUUGCACUGAAUGGGACAUGUUUAAGGAGCUGGAUUAUGAACGUAUUCAUAAGAAAAUGCUAAAGCCUGCAUUUAUCUUUGAUGGUAGGAGAGUUCUAGAUGAUCUUCACAAUGAGCUACAAGUCAUUGGCUUCCAGAUUGAAACAAUUGGGAAGAAGGUGUCAGCCAAAAGAAUUCCUUUUGCUUCUUCAUGUGAAAUUCCUAAAUUCAGCCUGCAGGAUCCACCUGUCAAAAAGCCUAGGGUAUAAUGUUUAAUAGAUACUGAAGGAAUUCUGUGGAUCUUCUUAGUGAUAAUACUGUAAGCCUAUGCUUUUUUUAAGGAAAUAUAUUUUUCAUAAACUAAACCAGUUUUACACUAGAAAUGGUACCUGGUACAUGUGAAUUCAGUCUAUUUUCAAAUCUCUAUUUUUAUAGCAAUUUUUUUUGGUUACUGAAGAUGGUACAAACCUGUUUUUAAUAAUGAAUCAUCUUUUAAGUGCAAAAGUUACCUUCAAACUGCAGAUUUCUGCUUCCAGAAGUGUUGCUAAACGGCACUUUAAAUAUUUCAAGUGAUACGAAAGCAAAAGAAAUAGAAUAUCUUUCUACCUUAGUCCAGUUAUAGACUGUAAUCAGUCUAUAUAAACUGUCAUCUAUAGACUGGAACUUUGGUCUCAGCAAUUUUUAAUUUUCUUUUGGGGUGAUUCUUUGCCCGGUUGAAUGCCUGCUCUACCUGGCAUUCAAGUCAAAAGAUCAUUUCUAAGUAAAUUGGUAGGCUUUAGGUCCAGCCCUAAGGUAGAGCUGACUUCAACAAUAACGCCCCAGUCGUGGUUGGGAUCCAUUGGCGCUGAUACAGUCUGAACUUCCUCUCUUGGGAGACCAGAUAGUUCUGCAGGCAUCGAUCGUGUAAUUAGUGCCAGUGGACAGCAGCUACAAACUGAUCCACUGGCAGGUUUGCAGUUUUCAUUUUUUGGUUGUCUUGCCUACAUUCCAUGUGCAGCCACACAUUUUUGAUUUAAUCAGAUUCCUGGGGCAAGUAUUCCCUAAGUUACAGCAAUACAACCUGUCUUCAGCAGAGGAGCAUUCUGCUUGUUUGAACACUGGAUUUAAGCAGAAUUACCUUAAUUUGGUAUCAGCCCAAGUAGAAAACAAAUAUUGGUUUCAAUGUUACCUGGUAGUUAUCUUUUUCCUUCCUUACAUACAUCUGAAAGCAGCUUUUUUAAUGAAUCUGCAAAAACAUAAUCUCUGCUGUGAAGAAAUUAUUAAAAAUUAAUUCAGGCCCAUAAAUUCAGCCCCAAAAAUCAGCUUGCUACCUCAUUUGACUAGCAGGAAUGAAUACUUCCAAUGUUCUCUUGAUAUUUUUGCCUUUAUUGUUACUUUGUUUCUACUUGUUUUUUAUUAUUCUCAAUUGGCCAGUGCUAUUAAAAUCCUUGAGAUUA